UAAAGGAAGAGGUUUUUCUGAAGAGGAGGCUUCCUUGUUGUCUCUUUCCAGAGAAGAAAAGAUGAUUGAUACUCUCGGACUUAUUUGCAUGAUUUGGUGGAUGACUCUAUUUCAUUCCUUGCAUGCUGAUACCUGUUGUAAGGAGCUAGAGACACAAGAAUCACCUAUUACAAACUUGAUAUUGAACUGGAGAAAAAUGGAACUGUCUUGGGAGAGCAGCAUGAAUUUCUCUGAGUACACUUGUACUGUGGCCACAGAUAUGGAUCCUAUACAGAAAAAGGUGGAGAGUUCACCGUGCUGCUUUUCAAUUGAGGUAAACUUGCCCCUCCACAAUGGUGCGGUCUUUACCAUUGAAGUACCAAACACAAACAUCUCAAAAAGCUGCGCAUUUAUUCCUAGAGGCAUGCCCGGGACAGCCAUUAAAAAUUUCUCCUGUGUGAUUUACAAUAUUUCCCUUAUGAACUGCACUUGGCAUGCGGGCAGGGAUGUGCCACGUGAUACCCAGUACUUUCUCUACUGGCAGAACUCAAGAGAAGAAGAAGAGAGGGAAUGUGAGCUUUAUGUUGAAGAUGAAAACAGGAGGCACAGGGGAUGUCAAUUCCAAAAUGUAAUGAUAAAAGAUACAAUUACUUACUUUGUGGUGAAUGGGUCUAGCAAAGACUCCCUGAUCCAGUUCUAUGAUGAGUACAUCGAACUGUAUACAAUUGAAAGACUUACUUCUCCGUUAAAUGUCACUGUCAAUUGUACUGGUGAUCCACAGGGUUGCAUAAUUGAAUGGCGAGAACCCGUUACAAGUCAUGUGGGAAAUAAAGAUUGUUUUCAAUACGAAAUUAACAUACAAAGUAAGGAUAAGCUCAAAGAAGAGAAGAUAGAUCCUCCCGUAACAGUAAGGAACUACAGAUAUGAAUUUCAAAAUUACAAUGCUAAAAAAAAAUAUAUUCUGAAAAUCAGAGCACGUGGAAAAAACUGUCUUGUAAACUCAAACUGGGGAGAAUGGAGUGAACCCACUGAGUUUGGUCAAGGGAAAGAUGAUUUUAUUUUUGUGAUUUUAAUUCUGAUAGCACUUGGAACAAUCUCUGUGACAUUGCUCCAAUUCUUCUUUUGCAAAAGGUACUGCAGCUUCAAAAGAGUAUGUUCUCCCAUUCCACAACCAAGAGACAAAUUUAACAUACCAACUGAUGAAGAUGUCCAGGUAUGUUUUCUUUUCAAUUUAGUCACGUUUAUUAACUAGAAUUCACCAUGGGCUAGAAAAAUUGGCAUAUAAA